ACCGGGCGAUGCCACUCAACUGGAUAGUGGAUCCCCGCUCCGUUCUCCGCGGCAGUCUAACGCCGGUCGUGCGAUCAGCGUGGUUGGGUUUUGUGCGCGCUUUUUUUUCUGCCGGUCUUCCCGUGUCAGAUUUUCGACUCUGUGGACGUGAUCAUGUACGGUACGUUGCUACGUCGUGCCUUGGUCGUGAACGCACGAAGCGACGUCUGAUUCGCAAGCUCGCGAACCAGGAACCCGAGAAACGACGCCAGAUGCUUCCGACCUAACCUCCAAGCACAAAGACCGAGGGAGCACGCUCGCUGCUGCGCGACAGUGGUAACUCGCGUCGCGCGUUUAACUUGGCGUGCUUCUUCUCCGUGCAUCGCACACGUACGCUACGUCGUCGUCACGUUUGCUUUCUCGCGGUUGUUUCCACGAAUUUUCUGCGAUUUUUUACGUCGCGAUCGAUAUCCGCGAGGUGCGUGCGCUAAGAUCAGUCAAAAUCAAGACAAAGAGAGAGGGAAUGCGAGGCGAAAAAGUCUGAAUUGUCUGCAUCUUGUCGGGAAACUCUGCGAGACAUCUCGGCUACUGCGUUGUGAGUGAUCGACCGAAAGAAAACACACCGAGAGAGAGAGAACCAGCACGAUACCGUAAAUGACAGUGCAGUGAGGGGGGGGGGGGCAGCCGUCGAGCGUGCGUCUGGACAGAGGGGAAGGUUCUGCUUCGGAGCAGAAACUGUAAAUUUUGAUCUCUGCAGAAGAAGAGGGACAGAGAAAGAGAGAGAGGUCCACCUGUGUGACGUACUUGGAGCAUGGACCAAACCGUUGAAACGAUAUCAUGGGAUUUCCGGUGCUCUUCGAUGUUGCAAAGCGAAAAGCGGGAGCCGCACGGAGAUAAACUCGGAAAAUUGUUUCGCGUAGAAAACGCCGCGCCUGUACAUUGUUCCUAAUUGACAGAGGAAAAAGAGAAACGGCGACAGGGCUAACAGAAACGAGAAGAGGGUCGGACGGAAGACACGAAGCAACGCUCGAAAUUUACGAGUGAGCUGGUUUGCUUGCGCAUCGCGAGAUCCACAAGGGGAUGGCGCGUAUCUAGAGGCACUAACGGUGAAUGGUGUCGUAACGAAUAGCUCGUCUGCGAACCAGCUGAUCCUCGACAACAGACGGCAGUUAUCCAACGAGCGCGAGUAGGAAGAUUCGCGAGAAUUCAAGCUUCGAGCGUGGUCUUUGACGAUCUGUUGCGAGACACACGAGAGAAUCGAACGAGCAUCACUCAGUGGCAGCAUGAUUCCGAAUCGUCGACGAGGAGACGUUUCACGCUCGUUUUCCGACAAUCGUUCCCCAAGAUUUUGAACGCAUUUAUUCUGAUCUGUUGCGAUUAUGAAUGCAGAAGAAUGACGCGGAGCAGCGCGUUCGCUCGACGUUGAGAUUUCGAUGUACCGGGUCAGUUUCACGAUAGAUACCCGGCCAGAUGGGUUAAAGGCGUACCGCGCGAUUGACGGCGCGAAUUCUCGUGCUGCUUGCGAAAUGGCGAUCCUACCGCGUCCUCGAGAGUGCAACAAGUGGUGUCGGGAUCCUCGGUGCUGAAUCGUCAUCGAUGUUACUCGACAGACGGACGAGGGGAUUUGAUCCGGGACCGAGAUCGGGUUCGCGCGACCUGGCUGGGAUCGAGACUGCUUCUCUCGUGCGCGAGAGCCGCCGUUAUUUCGUAGGACGCGCGUGAUGCUGGCGGGAUUAAGCGUGUCUAAUGAACUUUGAAUUCGUUUCUUUCGUCCCGAGCGCGAUCGUCUUGAAAUUUCUCAGUCGAGUUAAGUGAAUUUAUCUCAUCGGAAGAAACGUUCGAUUGACGAGGAGGUCUCGGUCCGAUGUUGUUCGUUAACUUCGGCGAAAGGUACUUCAUUGACCGAGUGGUUGGAAGUUAGACGAAGAGUAGCUUCGAGUUGGGAUUUUAGCUCCAUUUCCGCCGCUGGUAUUUCGCGAACUUGUAUGUACGUACAUCGUCCUUUUUUUGUGGAAACACGUGGAAAAUUUUAAGAAAACUCAUCCGUAUGACGCUUUGCCGAAAACUAGCAAAUUGACGUUAAUUGGCAUACAUAUUACUGUAUACGUAUGAACGCGGACGCAACGUGGAGCAGAACUACACGCUGAUGCUCGGAAAAAGUCCUCGGUUGCAAACGCGAAUACAUGGCGACGACGGCACUCAAUGCUGAAGAAACGAAGAAAGAGACACUCACCGGGAGUCAGCGACGAUAUCUGAAGCUACUACCGGAUCUCUCGGCAGAUCCGCUGAAUAACGUCGCAACACGAGCGUACGCGCGCCGCGGGCAAACACGUCAGCCGACUCGCUCAACGACGAAAACUAUCCGAUAAUCCGGCAACGAGGUAUUGUCAUUGCAUCUGCAGAAGCGCAUUCGUCGAAUGAGACGAUGGUGAUGAGAAUAACCACGAACGAAGCUGGCGUUCCUCUAUUAGGCGCCUUCGGUCCGCGCUAUGUCGUCAAACAGGCGACGGUAAAGCGCUGUGUCCUGGCGCUGCUGCUUGUCUCCAUCGGCAGUAUAUUCUACUACACUCACUACAUCGUCAGUAGUGGAUCGUUCUCCAGUUUGAUACAUCGAGAUACGAGGCCGGAGCCCGCGAUACGAUGCUCGACUCUGAGAGGAGCAACCAGACUGCCAUCAGCACCAGACCAUCGCAGCGAAGCUCGAUUAAGGAUAGACCCGAAGGUGUUGGUCUUCGUAGAAACUCUAUACUCGAGGCUAGGCCGAGAGAUAGCGGAGCUGUUAGUUUAUAAUCGAAUAAAGUACAAAGUGGAGGUGGCCGGCAAGUCGUUACCGGUGCUAACGAAUCUUGACAAGGGUCGCUAUGGGGUGUUAAUCUUCGAGAAUCUAAACAAGUACUUGCAGAUGGACAAAUGGAAUCGUGAGCUAUUGGACAAAUACUGCAGGGAAUAUUCGGUCGGCAUCGUGGGUUUUGCUCCUCCCGGCGAAGAGAGUCUAGUUGGUGCUCAGCUCAAGGGCUUUCCACUUUUUAUACAUACGAAUCUUAGAUUGAAGGAUGCUCAGCUGAAUGCGGCGUCUCCCAUUCUUCGAUUAACCAGAUCAGGGGAAACGGCCUGGGGACCACUUCCCGGCGGUGACUGGACUAUUUUUCAGGCCAAUCACAGCACCUACGAGCCGCUCGCUUGGGCGCAUCGGGACAGCCUUGACUAUCCAGCCAACAAGAGUCCCCUGGCUACCGUCAUCCAGGAUCAUGGUAGAUACGACGGAAUCCAGAGAGUCCUUUUCGGUGGCGGACUGCGGUUUUGGCUGCACAAGCUGCUGCUCCUAGACUCGUUGUCCUACUUAUCGCACGGGCAAUUGAGUCUCAGUUUGAAUCGCAUGAUUCUGGUGGACGUGGACGAUAUAUUCGUCGGCGAGAAAGGCACCCGGCUAAGGAAAGACGACGUAAUGGCGCUGCUAGCCACUCAGCAGAGAAUUCAGGCACUAGUGCCGGGGUUCAAAUUCAAUUUGGGGUUUUCCGGGAAGUAUUUUCAUCACGGGACAGCGGAGGAGAAUUUGGGGGACGACAUGCUCCUGGAGAACGUAGACAGAUUUACGUGGUUUUCCCACAUGUGGAACCACCAACAGCCACAUCUCUACGAGAACAUAACUCAUCUACAAUUGGACAUGGCGCUGAACAAGCAAUUCGCAAAGGACCACGGUAUACCGACCGGAAGCGGGUACAGCGUGAGUCCACAUCACUCCGGCGUUUAUCCGGUGCACGAAGGCCUCUAUGAAGCGUGGAAGCGAGUAUGGAACAUCAAGGUGACGAGUACCGAGGAGUAUCCACAUCUGAGACCGGCUCGUUUGAGACGCGGCUUCAUUCAUCGUAACAUUAUGGUCCUACCGAGGCAAACCUGUGGCCUUUUUACUCACACAAUUUUUAUCGAGAGAUAUCCAGGUGGAAGGGAGAAACUGGACGAGUCGAUACAGGGCGGUGAACUCUUUCAAACGAUCGUUUAUAAUCCGAUAAAUAUUUUCAUGACGCACAUGUCGAAUUAUGGAAACGAUCGUCUAGCAUUGUACACCUUCGAGUCGGUUAUAAAAUUCAUUCAGUGUUGGACGAACUUGAGGCUGUCCAGUGCACCCCCACUGCAACUCGGGGAACGUUACUUUCAGUUAUAUCCCGAGGAGACCGAUCCAGUGUGGGGAAAUCCAUGCGACGAUCAGAGGCAUCAAAAGAUCUGGUCCCGUAAUAAGACCUGCGAUCAGCUACCGCGAUUCCUGGUAAUCGGGCCCCAGAAGACCGGCACCACGGCCCUGUACACGUUCUUGUCCAUUCAUCCAGCGAUAAGCAGCAAUUUACCGAGUCCCGAUACCUUUGAGGAGAUACAGUUCUUCAACGGGAAAAAUUAUUACAAGGGUCUCGAUUGGUACAUGAGCUUCUUUCCGGCGUCGAAGAACGAGAGCUCGCGAUAUCUCUUUGAGAAAUCGGCCACUUACUUCGACGGGGAAUUGGUACCGCGAAGAGCUCACGCGCUUCUGCCAAGAGCCAAGCUGAUCACCAUAUUACUCUCUCCAGCUAGACGCGCGUACUCGUGGUACCAGCAUACCAGAGUGCACGGAGAUGCAGUAGCGAACAAUUACUCCUUCCACGCGGUCAUCACGGCGAGUGAUUCCGCACCAAAACCUCUGCGAGAUCUUAGAAACAGGUGUCUAAAUCCCGGGAAAUAUGCACAGCACUUGGAAAGGUGGCUGUCGUUCUAUUUGCCCCAGCAGUUGCACAUCAUCGACGGCGAGCAACUGCGGCAAAAUCCCGUGGAGACGCUACACGAGCUACAACGGUUUUUAAAGAUAACGCCCGCUUUCAAUUACUCGUCACAUUUGAGGUAUGAUCCGAAAAAAGGUUUCUUCUGUCAAGUAACUAACGAGGAUCGCACCAAGUGUCUCGGCAAGAGCAAAGGUCGCCAGUACCCGCCGAUGGAGGAUAGAUCGUACAAAUUGUUACAGAGGUAUUACCUGUCCCAUAAUACCGCACUAGUGAAAUUGCUGAAGCGACUUGGGUCCAGAACGAUCCCGCAAUGGCUGAAGGAUGAUCUCACCGACACGGUGAUGACCUAGCAAACGCCGAUUACUUGAUGAAACUCUAGUGUUUCCCGCCGGUUACUCGCUUCCGCUGUCAGCGAGAUACAUCGCUCGUUGACGGAGGACCUGUAAAUUAAUUGUAUUAUACAUUUGAAACUCUCCACAUCUUCGGAAGAAGGACCACGCUGGCCUACCACGGUGGACUGGCCUAAAUCAAACGGGGAACCUGCAAAAGCUAGUCACUACGAAGCUACGGUUGUAAUUGUCGAUCAUUGUUAAGCUGAUAGUUCUUAUUAUUUUUAUUAUCAAUAAUUAUCUUGAAUUUUCUUACUAUAAAUAUGUAUAUUGAUUGCUAUUAUUAUCAUUACUAUCAUUCUUACCGCGUUGUAAAGAUCAGGAAUGUAUCGCUCACCGGUGCCAUUGUCCAGCAACCGCAAUUACGCGCCCUACCGAUUUCGCACAAAUUGGGCCAAAGGAAAACCAAUCAGUGCGACAUAUUUUGCGCUUGGAUCUAUAUUCGCUCGAUCCAACUUGUAUCUAAUAGAUCUGCUUUUAUCAUCGUAAUGAUGUAACGACAGUUUUUGUACGUAACAAGAACAAUGUCCACAGUAUUAAAAAUUUAAUUGCGGAAAAUUCGAUUUCCUCAAUCAAUUUGUCCAACUUGUCCAAAUCACGCUGCGCUGAGAAAUUUACUUUUCUUGUGUAAAGAUCAUCGCUGAAUGACGCUGACGAAUCGAUUGAAUAAUUCAUUCAUCGAUGAUUCUUCCUGCACACUGAUCGUCCAUGCAAGCGUGAAACUAUGGGGCUACGAGCUUCUUUCUUGAGCCCAUCAACUUUCGGAGAUACAGUGUACGUUAAUUAUCUUUAUGUAAAGCGUAUUUAAUUACUAAGCACUAUGAGAUCGAUGACGAUGAUGAUGACGAAAAGUCUAUGUAUAUUUUGACAAUACUAUUCUUGGUACCGGUACCGGCCAAUAAAGGGUGUACGAUCGAGUCUGUUUGUACAUUGAUGUAACGCAUUAUUUUGAUGUUAAUAUAGAUGUAUCAUAAUAAUUCGCGAAAAGAGUAGAGAAAAGAAAGAUACGGAGUAUUUGAUGUUAGCACGCGAAUAAACGUACGCCCAUUUGUGCGUAUCAAUUAUCAUUAUCAGAUUGGAAA